AUGUCCAACUUUGUCAAGAAACAAUCCUUUGACGUGGAUUACGCGCCCACCCACAUCACAUCGUGGACAUCUUCGCGGACUGGCCUUCGGUUAACAUACAUUGACCAGGCGUCCCCUGUGGUCAACGGUUACUUUGCUGUGGCCACCGAAUGUCCAGAUGACUCUGGUGCCCCACAUACUUUGGAGCAUUUGGUGUUUAUGGGAAGUGAACGUUACCCGUAUAAGGGUUUGUUGGAUACCUUGGGGAACCGAUUCUUUCUGAUGACCAACGCUUGGACAGCCGUUGAUCAGACUGUUUAUACCUUGACCACUGCUGGUUGGGAGGGGUUCAAGACCUUGUUACCGAUCUAUUUGGACCACUUGUUCCACCCCACGUUGACCGACGAGGCUUGUUUGACCGAGGUGUACCACAUCGAUGGGAAGGGGAAGGAAAGAGGUGUGGUGUUCAGUGAAAUGCAAGGUAUAGAGACCCAGUCAUGGUUCAUAUCGUUGUUGAACUUGCAGCGCACGUUGUACCGCAAGGAGAGUGGAUACAGCUCAGAAACCGGUGGGUUGAUGAGCGAGUUACGUAAGUUGACCAAUGACCAAAUUAGACAAUUCCACAAGGAUAUGUACCGUCCUGAUAACUGUUGUGUUGUCAUCACCGGGUCUGUAGACGAAACCGAACUCUUACAAGUGAUGGACGAGUUUGACCUGAUUUUGCCCGCUAGAGAACCAGGUGUCAUCUCCAAAAGACCAUUUGUAGACUCUCCUAGAGAUUACCCACCAAAGGAAAACAUUGUCAAGACUGUCGAGUUCCCAGAAACUGACGAGUCUAUGGGUGAAGUGUUUAUUUCAUGGAUUGGACCGGAAGCCAAGGACGACGUGGCCAACGUUGCAGUUGAUCUUAUUGGAUCAUACUUUACAGACUCAGCCAUUUCCCUUUUCAACAAGACUCUCGUGGAAGUGGAAAACCCUAUGGCCACCGACGUUGACUAUUCUACCGACGAUUACGUGUACACUGGUAUCAACUUCUCAUUGAAUGGGGUGCCCACCGAGCAGUUGCAACAGGUUGACGUAGUUUUGAAGGAUCUCAUCCAAUCGCAAACCAAGCCAGAAAACAUCGACUUGAAGUACCUUCAACAGGUGAUUCGUCAACAGAGACUCAAGUAUGUCUCCACUGCCGAAAAGUCGCCUCUGACCUUUUCUAACGUUGCCAUCAGUGACUUCAUAUAUGGGGACGAUACCACUUUGAAGGCUUGGACCCAGAACUUGGAUACCUACGACGAGUUAUUGGAGUGGGACACAGUCAAAUGGGCACAAGUUAUAGACAAAUGGUUUGCCAGUAACCCAUCUGUCACCAUUUUAGGUAAACCUUCGCCAGCACUCCACGAGUCGUUGAAACGUCAAAAUAAAAAAAUUCUGAAGGAUAUCAAGGCCAAAUACGGUAAAGAUGGCCUUGCAGAAUUGGAUGAAAAGCUUAAUUUGGCCAAGGAACAUAACGAUAAGCCAAUUCCAGAAGACCUUUUGACCCAGUUUGGUAAGCCAGACCCUUCGAAGAUCAACUUUAUUGAAACAGAAUCAUACAGUGGAGGUAGUAACCAAUUGGCUGGCUAUGUUCAAGAGGAUGAGUUUAGUAAGUUACUCUCAAAGAACGCAGAUUUCCCAAUGUUUUUCCAUUUUGAACACUUCAAGUCUCAAUUCUCCACCAUCAACAUUGUCAUGUCCUCUGGUAAGGUGUCACCUCCUCUUUUGAGAUACCUUUCCGUUUUGGAGGAAAUUUUUUCAUUACCUUUAGCACUUCCGGACGGAACUUACAUUCCAUAUGAGGACGUUAUCUCUCAAAUCAAUGAAGACUUGAUUGAAUUCCAUUUGGAUAAUGGAUACCAGGGUCAAUUUCUUGAACUCAUUGACAUCAAACUUAAGUUUGAAUCCACAAAGUACACCAAUGCCAUUGAUUGGUUGCUCAAGGUGAUGCAAUAUAGUGUCUUUGACGAAAAGAGAGUGAAAAUUAUUAUCGAGAAGAUCAUCAACUCUAUCCCUGAUAAGAAACGUAACGAGGAAUUAAUGAUGUACUCUGCUCAAUACAGAACAUUAUACUCGGAAAAGUCUGUUCGUAGAGCACAAGAUAGUCUCAAUACUGAACAAUUCUACAAGGAUUGUUUAGAACAGAUCAACCAGGGUAACUUCAAGAAAAUUCAAGACGACUUGAACUUGUUGAAGCUGCAAUUGUUUGACUUGAGCAACUUCAAGGUAUUUGUUGUUGGUGAAUGUAAGAAUUUGGAAGGUCCUAUCACUUCAUGGAAACCAUUUGUGGAAAGUUUUGCCAAGGGUAAAUAUACACCACAACCAUUUGAAGAAUUACCCCGUUCAUUUGAAUACAGAUCAGAAAUCGGGGUAAAAUGUUCCAAAUAUGCCCAUUUGGUCACCACACCUGCCACUGACACCACUCAUUUAAUUGCAUCAACAAAAAUUGGUAAUGAUUAUUUGGAUGAAGACAUUACUAAAAUUGCACUUGCAUCGGAAUUCUUAACUGCCGUUGAAGGUCCAUUCUGGAGAGGUAUCAGAGGUACUGGUUUAUCCUAUGGAGCUAACAUCCAACGUAACUUGGAAACUGGAUACCUUAACUUUUCCAUUUACCGUGGAUCUGAUGGUCAAGAGUCUUGGAAAGUUGCCAAAAAGAUCGUGGAAGAUUAUUGUGAUGGAACUCUCAAGUUUGAUAAGAUAAGUAUGGAGAACUCCAUUGCUGCCAUUGUCAACGAGCUUGCAAACAGUGAGUCCAACUCAUUUGAUGCAGCCAACAAUAAGAUUGUUGACAAUCUCUUCAAGCACCGUGGACCAGCUUACGCAAAGUCAUUUUUGAAGAAACUUGAUAAGAUCACAGAAGAGGACCUUGUGUAUAUUGUAAACAAAUACUUCAAGCCUUUAUUCUCUGCCGAGACCUCGGUCAUCUUCAGUUGUAUCCCACCUGCCAAGGUUUCUGCAUUCAAGGAAUUCUUAACAGAACAAGGUUAUUCUGUCACUGUGGAGGAAAUAAAUGCCGAGAUUGGCGAUGAUGACGAGGAAACUGGUAGUGAGGGUGAAUAUACAAGUGAUGAAGAAAGCGGUAGUGAAGAUGACAGUGAGGAAAGUGGUAGUGAAGAUGACAGUGAGGAAACUGGAAGUGAAGACGAAAGUGAGGAUGAAGAUUAA